AUGCACGAGAAAUAUGGGCCAAUCGUGCGCAUCAACCCGGAAGAGCUUCAUUGCGACGACUAUGCCUUUGUCGAUGAGAUUUAUCCGUCGUAUCUUCGUUCGCAACUGUUGAUCAUGAGCUUGAUGCCCGCCCUUGGUCCUUAUUUGGGACCCGAUAUUGCCUACAUGGUCAAAUCUAUGAACGAGACGAUUCCUAACCAUGUCAUCAAAGCACAGCAGCAGAAGUCUGACGGAACAUGGCGCCUUUUCACUGGGAUCAUGAAUGCACCGAUACCUGAUGAGCAUAAAACCAUUUACCGCCUUUCUGGUGAAGGCUGGUCCGUGGUAGCCGCUGGGUCCGAGACGACAGCUGCUUCUCUGACCGUCAUUACAUUUUUUCUCUUAUCUCAGCCCGAGAAGCUUGCACGCCUGAGGGAAGAGCUCAAGAACGAGGAUCCGCACAAGCUCAGCUGGGUUCAGCUUGAGAAAUAUCCAUACCUUCAUGGGGUUAUCUAUGAGGCUUUCCGCGUUGGCUUGGGCAUUUCCGGCCGCCUUCCGCGAGUAGCUCGGGAUGAAGCACUGGUUUACAAGGGUCGCGGAUUCAACUAUGUUGUGCCUAAAGGAACUGCUAUCGGAAUGAGUGCUUUUAUCAAUCACUACAACGAGGAGCUUUUCCCGGACCCAGAGAAGUACGAACCUGAACGAUGGAUUGACGCCCAGGGAAAACCUAAUCACGCAAUGGAGAAGUACAUCCUCUCUUUCUCCAAGGGAUCUCGCCAGUGUAUUGGAAUGAACCUUGCACUCUGCGAACUUCAUUUGGUUACUGCAGCUAUGGCCCUCCGUGUCUUGCCUCACCUCAAGCUCUACGAUACCACGUAUGAGGAUAUCCGCUAUGACUUUGAUGCCCUGACUCCCCAGCCCAAGAAAGGCGCUCGUGGGGUCAGGGUCACAGCUGUUUAG